GAUAGGCGUGCGGAGUGAACUGAACGGGACACAGCUCUAGAGAGGAAGAAUCGCAGACGCGGAGGAACACAAGGCCGUUUCUGUUGAAACCCUUAUGUGUGUGUGGGGGGGGCAUCUCAACAUCAAGACGGUAUUGAGGUUUCAUGCAGUUCUCUUUUAUGAGAGUACAUUAUCAUAUGAAACAAAUCAUUUUGAUCUGAGUGUGUUCCCUACUGAACAACCAGGGAUGUAAACACUGGACAAGAACAAUUCAAAUGCACAGGGCCAUACACAGACACAAAUUCGCGCUGUGAUUGACAACGUUCCACUUCCUUUUAUGUAGUAUUUUCUAAACAAGGAAUGACCUGUUCUCACUGGACUGUUUGAUGGGGCUUCUAAGGAUCAUGAUGCCGCCAAAGUUUCAGCUUCUGGCGCUGUUGGCAUUCGCAGUAGCCAUGUUCUUCUUGGAGAACCAAAUCCAGAAGCUGGAGGAGUCUCGGGUGAAGCUAGAGCGGGCCAUCGCCAGGCACGAGGUGCACGAGAUCGAGGAGAGACACACGCAGGAUGGCCUGCGGGAGCGGGAGGCCCCCUCGGUAGCCGGCGGUGAGGACAUGGUGGUCAUCUACAACCGCGUGCCCAAGACGGCCAGCACCUCCUUCACCAACAUUGCCUACGACCUGUGUGGCAAGAACCGCUACCACGUGCUGCACAUCAACACCACCAAGAACAACCCAGUCAUGUCCAUGCAGGACCAGGUGCGGUUUGUGAAGAACGUGACAGAGUGGGGGGAGAUGAAGCCGGCGUUCUACCACGGCCACGUCUCCUUCCUGGACUUUACAAAGUUUGGAGUAAAAAAGAAGCCCGUCUACAUCAAUGUGAUCCGCGACCCCAUCGAGCGCCUGGUGUCCUACUACUACUUCCUGCGUUUUGGGGACGACUACCGGCCCGGCCUGCGACGCCGGAAACAGGGGGAUAAGAAGACCUUUGAUGAGUGUGUGUCGGCGGGUGGCUCAGACUGCGCCCCGGAAAAGCUGUGGUUGCAGAUCCCUUUUUUCUGUGGUCACUACUCCGAAUGCUGGAACGUGGGCAGCCACUGGGCCCUGGAGCAGGCCAAAUAUAACCUGGUCAAUGAGUACCUGCUGGUGGGGGUGACUGAGGAGCUGGAGGACUUUGUAAUGAUGCUGGAGGCGGCGCUGCCGCGCUUCUUCAGGGGCGCCACUGAGCUCUACAAAACGGGGAAGAAAUCCCACCUGAGGAAGACAAGUGAAAAGAAGCCGCCCACCAAGGAAUCCAGCGCCAGGCUGCAGCAGUCCGCCAUCUGGAAGAUGGAAAACGAGUUCUACGAGUUUGCCCUGGAGCAGUUCCAGUUUGUCCGGGCUCACGCCGUCCGGGAGAAGGACGGGGAGCUCUACCUGCUGGCUCAGAACUUCUUCUAUGAGAAGAUCUACCCCAAAACUAACUAGCGCACAUGAAAGAUGGACCAUUCUUCUAGGCUUCACGCCGUAGUCACACACACUGGGGAGAGGACAGAGGAGAGGAGGAAAACUAAGAUCAUCAGUGGAUCUGUGGAACUGUCUGUGUUAGACGUUGUUAGCAGUUUCUGAAUGUCGCCCGCUUCACUGACUCCUCCGCCUCCAUAGUAGCCGACAGAACCAGGAAGCUGCCUCUUCCUGGUGCGAGAGUGCCAAUAGGGCAUGUUCCCACCAGCAUCUAAGUUCCAGGACUACCUUUCUCCUUCCAGGUGAAAGUUCACAGGAAUGAUUUGCUUGACAGACACAUGGCAGGAGACGAGUCUACUUGGCACUGGCCAUGUCCUUUUACUUCUGGUCACAUGAUUUGUAUUUUCUGUCCAGAGGGCAGGUUUUUAUUGGCUUGUUCUGUUUGUUUGCAUUUUAUUUGUAUUUUCAUUCUACUUUACUAUCAUCGUCUAUGGGGACAUUGUCGUCCCACAUUUUAUGUGUUCAAAUGAUGUAACCGUCUAAAAAUUAAAAGUUGACUACAAUGUUAUCUUGGAGUUUAUCUAUACGAAUUGAAGACGUUUUUACAAAAUCUGAAUUCUGUGGCCUCCAUAGACUUGGGUGACUGAUACACCUUGUUCACUACUGUGGUACUACUAUUCAGUGUUUUAUACUGUACUUAUUUACUUGUAUUCAGACUCUUUGACCCAGUUGGAUUAUUGCUAGGUGGAAUGUGAACUGUUUACACAUGAUGUAAUUAAACUAUGGAAGAAGACAAUUCA